AUGUGUGAUACAACUUUUAUUGAACCUAAAUAUCCACUUCCAAGUAAUGACUUUUCAAAUAAUAACCACAAUAUAUUUAUUAAUGUGACAAGUUCUUAUUCUGAAGAUCAUCAAAGGUCAACUAAUAAUUUAAAUAAAAUUGCAGAUGAUAGUAAUGGUUCCAUUUUACCAUUAUUAUCUAAAUGGGCUGUAGAUCACAAUAUAACAUUGACAGCUCUCUCUUCAUUAUUAAAGGUUUUGAGGGUUCAUGACUAUUUCAAGUAUUUUCUGGUAGAUGCUAGGACUGUUUUAAAAACAAAUAAUAAUUCUCAACGUAAUACUCACACAAUUGUAACAGUUCAGCCUGGAUUUUAUUAUCACUUUGGAAUUGCUAAUGGGUUGAAAUUUGACUAUAAUUUGAUGGAUGGCUUGCCACUUACUAAAAGUUCAUCUAGUAUGUUCUGGCCUAUACUUGGAUAUGCUCGGUAUUCUGGUAAACCUCGUGUAUUUUUAAUUGGUUUAUAUUGGGGAAGAGAAAAACCGCAUAUGUCUGAUUUUGGGAAAAAAUUUGUUACUGUGGAUACAUUUUGCUGUGAUGUCCCAGCUAAAAGUUUUAUAUUGUAUACAAAAGCUCAUAAUGGAUACUAUUCAUGUUUAAGAUGUACUGUAGAAGAUGAUGAACAUCAUAUUGGUGAAACAGUUUCCAUUUUAACUGAAAUUCCUCAAAUAAACAUGAUCGAUAACUUUAGUAUGGAUUACAUGCAUUUAGUUUGCUUAGAAUCUCUGAUAUCGGCAAAAGCGUAUGCAGACAAGGCGACUAUCUUUAGUGAUUUAUCUGGUGAAGAUGAUAAAUCAAAAAGAAAACUACUUGCAAAGAAAAAUACUCAGUCCUAUUAUGAUUGUCCUGAAUAUCCAGAAUCUGAAGAUGAAGCUUUUAAUGAAACCUUAUAUUUGAAAAGAUCAGCAGCAGCAAGUUUGUCACCGUCGCCAAUAAAAAAGGAUUCUGAAGAUGAAGUUUAUAAUAAAACCUUAUUAUCUUUGAAAAGACCAGCUGGCUGGUCACCAUCUCCAAAAAAAAAGGUAGAGAAAGUUCAGCUUAAUUCGUCCAUUUCCAUCAAUUCAAUUAAACGACCAACAACUAAUAUUGGUGCCUCUACUCAAAGGUCAACAAUAGUAAAAAAAAAAUUGUCUUAUAAUGAAUCUUCUGUUGAAAGUGAUGGCAAAGGAAUAAUGAGUUAUAAAAUCAGUGGGGAUGAAGAUAAUAAUGAAAAUAACUAUAUAACUGGUGGUAACAACAACGACAAUCCUAAUUCACUAAGAUUGGCUGAAAUCAAAUAUAGAAAUAACAAAAGUCCACAAAUAAUAAUUGCAACACCUCCAGCAUCUAGAUCAUUAGUAACUUCAGAAGGUCUCAUUACACCAACUGCAGAACUUGGUAAAGAUUUUCAAAAAGAAGUCCUUCAUGAUCUGUCUUUUGUAAGACAUGAAUUAAGACGAAUAGUAAACAACCAAAGAGAUUUUACCCAAAGAUUUGAUGUAAUGGAAAGUAUUUUGGAAAAAAUGCAAUCAUCAUCUGACUUUUCUGGCACCAUGAAUAAGUCAUCUACACCAAUACUAGACGUGACAGGUGGUUAUUCAUUACCAAUUGAUAACUUACAAGGCCUUGAAAUAUUUGAAGAACGAAAAGAUGGUACACUCCGCAUUAAUUUAGUAAGUCAAUUAUCCUAUUUAGGCGGUAAACAUGUCAAGUCAGUGGUUAAAAGGAUCAUGGGUAAAUUAUUUAAAGACAAAUUACCUAAAGAGUUUUCAUACACUGGAAAAAAGAAAUUUUCAACCUUGACAACUUGUUCAGUUAUAUUUGAUGCUGUCAAAACUCAAUCCAAAUUUAAACAAGUAUCUCAAAGUGAAAUGGAAGAAAUUAUAAAAUACAUUCUUGCUCAAGCACCAUUCAACCUCAAGAGGCAAAGUGAAAAAAAGCUUACAUUAGUUUAAAAAAGAUUGUUAUAAUGAAUUUAAUUUUUAAUGUAUUUUUAAAAACAAAACCUUUUCAUAAAUUGUUUUUAAACAUCAAAGUAGAUGUAGAAGAUUUAAUACUUCUGAUUUUUUUAAAUAAAAAACUAAUAAAAACAACUGUAAUAUUGUAUAUUAAUAUUAAUAACUACAGUAUACAAAACAAAUAAUUCAGUAAUUAAAAUUAAAAAAUACUCACAAUAUUUGUAUAGUCUAAAUUUAUAAUUUCAUUAUAAUAUAAUAUAACAAUACACUUUAAAUUAAAUUAGUUGUUAUGAAGACAGACAGUCUUAAAACAAACUCUUUUCUGGACGUUUUCAAAACGUAUUAUGCAUAAAAAAAUUGCACAGUUGUCGUAGCAGUCAGUUUCUAUAUCAACUCGUGUGACAUCAAAUAGGAAUUAUUCUUGUUUUUUUAAAUAGUUUUUUCGAAAAAUAUAUGUAACAUGUAUAGCUCAUACAAUUAUGAAUUUAUAGUUAAUGGAAAUGCGGAUGUUUAUACUUCAUAGAUAUUUUUUUAGUUAAUAAUCGUGUAAAUAAUUUGAUUAAACAAUCAGCCAGCUACCUACUUAUCACUAGUAUCAAUUUUAUUAUAUUACGUGUAAAAUCACCGACACAAGGUGCAGACUGCAUUUAAAAAAUUAAAAACAUAAAAUAAUGUUGUAGUACAAGCUGGAAACUGUAGUUUAUUCUAAUUUUUAAUCCAAUUAAUGUAACCGAGAAUGUAACUAUUAAAUUCAUCAUUGAAUGAUUAUUCAGAGAUCAGUUUGGGAUAAAUGUAAAUUAAAUUAAAAAUAAUUAAAAAAUAAAGAACACAUCAUUGUAAAAUUAAUACAGUAAUCGAUCCGCUCAGAAUCUAAAAUUAUAGACUUGGAGUUUUAGAAAUAUAUAUGGCUUUAUGUUAACUUUAAAAUACAGUACCUAUAAUCACAUUUUUAUUUAAUAAUUCAUAAAAUACAAUAUACUCUUAUAAAAAUAUUCUUGUGCUUCUGAUAUCUAUUCACCACCUUAAUCAAUAAUUAAAUUGAUAAACGAAAAUAAUAUUUGAA